AGUCGCCUGCAGGAGGCUGUUCGCGGCUCCCUGCCGUGCAGGCAGCUCGAAAGCCACUCUGUUUUGGGGUCCUCGCGCCCCUUCCACGUCUCCCGGAAGCGGUCCAGGGUCCCGGCUGGUCGGGGAGGAGGUUUGCUCAACUUGGGCCCCCUCCCGGCCAGCCGCCGAGGGGGCGCGGCCCAGAACGGCGACUAGGCCGUGGUGCAGCCUCUCCGGAGUCCUCAGGUUUGCCAAUAGGAUUAUCCUGCUGCCAUCAUGUCUUGGUUUGUUGAUCUUGCUGGAAAGGCAGAAGAUCUUUUAAACCGAGUUGAUCAAGGGGCUGCAACAGCUCUCAGUAGGAAAGACAAUGCCAGCAACACAUAUAGCAAAAAUACUGACUAUACUGAACUUCACCAGCAAAAUACAGAUUUGACAUACCAGACUGGACCUAAAUCUACGUAUAUUUCAUCAGCAGCUGAUAACAUUCGAAAUCAAAAAGCCACCAUCUUAGCCGGCACUGCAAAUGUGAAAGUAGGAUCUCGGACACCAGUAGAGGCCUCUCAUCCUGUUGAAAAUGCAUCUGUUCCUAGGCCUUCAUCCCAAUUUGUGCGAAGAAAAAAGUCAGAACCUGAUGAUGAGCUGCUGUUUGAUUUUCUUAAUAGUUCACAGAAGGAGCCUACCGGGAGGGUGGAAAUCAAAAAGGAAAAAGUCAAGACACCUGUCUUUCAGAGCUCUCGGACAUCAAGUGUCAGUUCUGUGAACCCCAGUGUAACCACCAUCAAAACCACUGAAGAAAAUUCUUUUGGGAGCCAAACCCACGAAGCUGCCAAUAACUCAGAUUCUAGCCAUGAAGGUCAAGAGGAAUCUUCAAAGGAAAAUGCGUCAUCAAAUGCUGCCUGCCCUGACCACACCCCAACACCUAAUGAUGAUGGCAAAUCACAUGAACUAUCUAACCUUCGACUGGAGAAUCAGCUGCUGAGGAAUGAAGUUCAGUCUUUAAAUCAAGAAAUGGCCUCGUUACUUCAAAGAUCCAAAGAGACUCAAGAAGAAUUAAACAAAGCAAGAGCAAGAGUUGAAAAGUGGAAUGCUGACCAUUCAAAGAGUGAUCGAAUGACUCGAGAACUCCGAGCCCAAGUAGAUGACCUGACUGAAGCUGUGGCUGCAAAGGAUUCCCAGCUGGCUGUACUGAAAGUGAGACUCCAGGAAGCUGACCAGCUACUGAGUACUCGCACAGAAGCAUUAGAAGCCUUACAGAGUGAAAAAUCACGAAUAAUACAGGAUCAAAGUGAAGGUAAUAGCCUGCAGAAUCAAGCUCUGCAGACUCUUCAGGAGAGACUGCAUGAAGCGGAUGCCACUCUGAAGAGAGAGCAGGAGAGCUAUAAACAGAUGCAGAGUGAGUUUGCUGCACGCCUUAAUAAAGUGGAAAUGGAACGUCAGAAUUUAGCAGAAGCAAUUACACUGGCAGAAAGAAAAUAUUCAGAUGAGAAGAAGAGGGUUGAUGAACUGCAGCAGCAAGUCAAGCUGUAUAAGUUGAACUUGGAGUCCUCUAAGCAGGAAUUAAUUGACUACAAGCAAAAAGCUACUAGAAUACUCCAAUCUAAGGAAAAAUUGAUUAACAGCUUGAAGGAAGGCUCUGGUUUUGAAGGCCUAGAUAGCAGCACUGCCAAUAGCAUGGAGCUGGAAGAACUUCGGCAUGAGAAAGAGAUGCAGAGGGAGGAAAUACAGAAGCUGAUGGGUCAGAUACAUCAGCUCAGAUCCGAAUUACAGGAUAUGGAGGCACAGCAAGUUAAUGAAGCAGAAUCAGCAAGAGAACAGUUACAGGAUCUGCACGACCAAAUAACUGGGCAGAAAGCAUCCAAACAAGAACUAGAGACAGAACUGGAGCGACUGAAACAGGAGUUCCACUAUAUAGAAGAAGAUCUUUAUCGAACAAAGAACACAUUGCAAAGCAGAAUUAAAGAUCGAGAAGAAGAAAUUCAAAAACUCAGGAAUCAGCUUACCAAUAAAACUUUAAGCAAUAGCAGUCAGUCUGAGUUAGAAAAUCGACUCCAUCAGCUAACAGAGACUCUCAUCCAGAAACAGACCAUGCUGGAGAGUCUCAGCACAGAAAAGAACUCCCUGGUCUUUCAACUGGAGCGCCUCGAACAGCAGAUGAACUCCGCCUCUGGAAAUAGUAGUAAUGGGUCUUCGAUUAAUAUGUCUGGAAUUGACAACGGUGAAGGCACUCGUCUGCGAAAUGUUCCUGUUCUUUUUAAUGACACAGAAACUAAUCUGGCAGGAAUGUACGGAAAAGUUCGCAAAGCUGCUAGUUCAAUUGAUCAGUUCAGUAUUCGCCUGGGAAUUUUUCUCCGAAGAUACCCCAUAGCGCGAGUUUUUGUAAUUAUAUAUAUGGCUUUGCUUCACCUCUGGGUCAUGAUUGUUCUGUUGACUUACACACCAGAAAUGCACCACGACCAACCAUAUGGCAAAUGAACCAAGCCCAGUUGUUGCAGUGAUUGGUUGUCUUUUUCUAGUCUUGGGAUCUGCAAGAAGGCCUAUUGCCUAAAAUUUCUGAGAACAGUGCACAAGAUUAUUUUAUCACUACAAGCUUUUAACUUUUUAAGUUAUUAUACAAGUACUCUACCUAAAUCUUCCAAUUUCCUUUAAAUGGUAAGAGUUUCUAAAACAGACAGUAAUUUAACAAGCUCGGCUCUGCUUUUUCUGAGUUUAGUGGUCCUAAUAUAUAUGUAGAGAAAGACGCUGGGGUUGUUCACCUCUGUACAGACCAUCUGUAUGUUAGGUGACAUUGAUUAUGGGUUAUAAUCAGGGAAACUAAUUGUAUUUAGUGACAAAAAUAAAAAAGGUUUUUUUUUAUAAUUCAGUCUGCUUUUGGAUUUUCAUGUAUUUAACUUUGCAAAGAGAGAUUUACUUUGUACAUGUUACAGGCCUGAUUGGUGUAAAUCUUUUUAUAAAUACAUAAAUAAAAGAAAAAUAUGCAUUUUCCUUUUCUAAAA